GGCGCCUCGCUGGGUCUCAUGCUCGCAAAAUCCGGUAACGCGCGGCUGACGUGAUCCGUUGCACGGCCACUGAUACGUCAGUCAACCACCGUGACCCUUGUGCUCGAUCCUCCCACUUCGGAGAUCCGCAGGUUCCUCACUCACAGCUCGCGAGGCACAAAGCUAAUCCGGGCGGCUGCAAUUGCCCCAACCCACCGUCUGGAGUGCAUGCUCGCCCCCCUCCCAGGCUGUUCAUACUGCGACCCUGGGCCUUGAGGACUCCGGAGCCCGAAUGCACAGAUUUUCCAGCGAUCGUCGAUGUGGAUUGGAUUAGAUUGUGAUGGUGCAAAUCGGAUGGGACUCGACCGUUGACAGGUGCCGGUCCGCUCAGGGCCGCCGAGCCGCGGCUGCCGGGAUCUCUCGAGCUUGCUUGCCUUUGACAACCUUGGCGAACGAGCAAGUGGUGCGCCUGUGUCGGAUCUCUGACAUCCUGCCUUCUCGCUCACAGAUUUCCUUCCAUACUGAUAUACGAAGCCCCAAUCGCGACGGCGCGCGUUGUCGCUCAGAUACGGCAAACGACGUCGGUGACACGGAUGGGAAGAUCGAUGUGACUGGGAUGAUUGGCUUUCCGGACAUUCCCCAUCAGUGAAUCUUGGCCCACAUGGACGCACGGAGGUCGCCUCGUCCCGCCCUUCUCGUGCAGCAGGGCAGGGCGUUACGGUGAAAGGAAACCCCGGAUUCCGGAAGCGCCCUGAUGGGCGUCAAUCUCAUCUGCCUAUUCUGAUGUAGCUGCAGGCCGUUUUGUGGGUUGCCGGAUGCCUAAAAACACAUCGAAAUGAGCGGAUUCACCAACGUUGUUCUGAUGAGUCCUGGAUGGUGAUGGGACUCAGCGAAUGAUGUGACGUUUCCGAGCUGCCAUCUGUCAUUGACGGACAUAUGCCGGCCUCAUUGCGCGGAAUUCUCCCUGAUCGUGCCUUGGGAUUGGGCUGUCGCGGCGAGGUUGAACGUCCGAUGGGAGCAGGGACGGCAGAGAGCGGAGGCGCGGUCUGUGCUGUCUUGCCACGUUCUCUGGCACCGCCUUGCCUCGUGGCUGCACCCCGCCAAUCGCUGAGUUUCAGCCGGAGUUAGCGCCAUCGAUGAGGUCAAGGCUGUGGUCCUCUCAGGCCUCGGUGCGCCAUACUCUCAUCUGGUUCCGUCGGCCGUUAUCGGCGAAUUUACUGCCAGCGCACGGCCGUUAAUUAAAUUCUGUCACCGGAGUGUCACGGAACACACACUUAGCCCCAUAUGGCAUCCGGCGACAUCACUUUUGCGGAUGGUUUUGCGACUGUCAUGCUUCUUUCGCGCUCACGGUCUGUCAGGUCAGAUUUUGGAGACUUGCCCUUUCGGGCAGCGGAUCUCCCCAGACCUUGUGAGGCAAGGCAGCCCCGUGAGCAUCCUGGGACGCGUCAUGAGUUGAAACGCACCCACGCAUGGAACGGACGGGGUGGCACCGCUUCACGAACUUUAACACACCAUUCUGCACCAUGAUGAUUCUUGCCUAGUGGCUGUGUGUCUAUCUCCGAAGAUCGAAUCGACAUCAGGGCCGGCAGUAAUUGGCCCACGCGAAGCGCUGCAUAAAGCCAAGGCUCUCUGCAAGCGUUCAGCCACAGACCAAACAGCAGCCUCGACCCAGGCGCGCAGACACACUCCACCCUAAAACCGCGCCCGACGUAUAUUGUCAAUACCCGACACAUGGCCUGGUCGCACCGUGGAUCCACGCCCGAAUCAGCCUCCUCCUCCUCCCGAUCGCCAACCCCGGGUUCGCCGUUCUCUGAUAGCUCCGCCGGGUCCUCCCGCUCGUUCCGGGGCCGCACGGAUCGGCCGAAAGCCAGCACGGCCACGCAGGAGGUGCUCGACAAUGUCCUGCGCGUGCGGAAGACGUGGAAGACGCAGCGGGGCGGCGAAUGCGUUUGGCCGCCGGAUCUGGAGGCGGCAUUGCUCGAGGGCCUAGAAAAAUACGAGCCCCGGGACUCUCGCGAAACGCGGCUCCUCGGACGCUUCCCUCGGCGAAACCGAUUUAUAUCGGACUACAUCUACGAAAAGACAGGCAAGCGACGGUCGCCGAAGCAGGUCGGGAGCCGCCUGCAGCAGAUGCGGGAGUCGUGCGGAGGUGAACGACUGCUGCAGCUGCUCUCGCCGUUCGGGGCAUCCUCGGCGCGCUCGCCCACGCCGCAUUCGUCCGCGUCGUCGCCGUCCAGCAGCCCGCUUUCGUUACCCCGUCUCCCGCCGCCCGCCGUCGAGCUCGGGCAGGACUGUGUGCCGGAUGCGGUCAUGUACAUCGAUCUGAUUGGCCCCGCCGACCCGUUCCGCUGGACAGAGGAGCCGGAGGACGGCCUCGUCGGCCUCGUCGGCGCGGCGCAACCGCGCCGCAUCGAGGACAUCAACCCGACGGUGUCGUUCACGUCGCUCUCGUCGAUGGACGCGUACUCGUGCUUCACGGUGCGCGCCGAGGGCCGCGUGCUGCACGCCGAGACGGCGCCGCUGAUGCAGAUCGGCACGUCGCCGGCCGGGGUGGGCUACAUCUACAGCACGGCGCUGGUGCCCAAGUACUGGCGCGUUAUCCUGGGCUGUCCUGAUCCGACCCGCUUCACUAUCACCCACCUAGUCGUCCAGCACCAGGGCGCCGAGGUGCUCUUUUCUACGAGAUACCAGUUCAGAUAUCGAGCGCCGCAGCGCGUGUCCCUCCCGGCCUUCGCUCUCCCGACUGCAGUGUUUGACGGCUCCCCCGAGAGUCUGGGCCUGGCUCAGCCGUACGACGCUUUCGCGGGAGGACCCAUCCCGGACCUGUGGAACGGCGAGGCGUUGAGCGAGCCGCAGCCGCUCAUGCCGUGGGGGUCGUUCUUCGACGGCACGGGCUUCGACAUGGGCCUGGCCAGCCGGGUCUUCGAAGCCACCUCGCACUUGUCCGCCGCCUCCUCAGCGCCGAUGCUUCCCUAUAUUCUGUGAUCUUCUGUGCUCAUCAUCUGUAUCCAUAUGGCCCUGUCUGCUCGACCCUUAAUUCUGCUCCAGACUCUAUACCUGCUUCCGAUGCAUCUGGAACGUUCCGCAUUCGCUUCUUUACAUCUCCCUGCUGUAUCCAUAGUUGCCCCUACCCCAGUACUGUAUUGUGUAUCUCUUUCUCUUUCUCCGCGCAAAAAAGUGCAUCGAACCCGCAUCAUCCCUUUCGCGCGAUCAGUUCGGAUUCGAGGUCAUUGUGAAUUCGUGCAACUCCGUCCGCUUCUCUCGCGUCGGUUCGCGUCGGUAAUCAGCCUCGCGAUUAUGUAGUUCUCUCGGAGGAAGGUCUGGCGGGACGGCCCUUCCAUCUCGUAUCAGUGCCGACGAAUUGCCGCUGGGUGACCAAGUAUGCUGGGAGGCUGCGGACCGAUAGGACAUCGCCCGUCGCUCAGCACCGGUGUAAAACAAAGUUGGUGCCACCGUCCCUGACUGCUGAGGCCCUCCGCAUGAUGGGAACGCGCUUCUCGCGGAUUGAAUCCAUCAGAGCUGGUCCCCCCAUAGUUUAGAGAGGUAGGUUCGAUAAAAUGAUGAUGCAGCUGCGGCCGGGUUGCAAUGGCGCGAACCCCCGCUCGACGCAGUCUGGGAGGCUCUCUUCUCGAGCCGCGCGGCGGGAUGCCUCGCAAGAAACAGGUCCACCGCGCCUGAGUGGAACGUGGAAGGGACGGUGAGCACGGCGAGCGCCGGCAGCCGCAGAUUGUCCAUAACAUCGCACAUGAGCCGCGCGCCAUCUGCCGUGGCGGCCCAUCCGGGGUCCACCACCACCUCCACGGUCAGGCGCGAGACGCGCUGGGGAUCCACAUGCACGACGGCGCACUCCCGGCCCGCGCGCAGAUGCAGCGCGUACAGCACCGAGCGGACCGCAGCCGCCUCCGUGCCCCACGGCGCGUGCGCAACGUUGCGAUCGGCGGCGCCUCCGGGGCCGGGAGCGAGGUCUGCUACGCGGAACCCGCGCCACGCGCGCGCGAGCCACGAGUACGGACCGGAGACGCGGAGCAAUUCGCGCGCCGCGACGGCCACGCGCCCGUUCUUGACGCGCGCGGCGAACGUGCGCACGAGCUCGUAGAUCGCGUCGAGUGCGGUGGAGGCGGUGUCUUCGGCGAUGUGCAGGGACAGCCUGACGUCUGCUAUCCUGAGAUGGCGCGCGACGACCUUCUGGAUCCCCCACAACCCCUCCAGAACAUCGGCGGGAUGGAAGGUGCAUUCGAUGGAGGACACGUUUUCGUACUCGAAGACGCGGGAGAGGCGGACGACCUUGAGAGAGGGCGUGUCCAGCUGGAGCUCGGUGGACGAUGGGUCGUCUUGGCAGUAGAAGGCCGACGGGACGCCGCUCUGCUGGAUGAAGGACCGGAUGCAUAUGUCGUUCAAUUCCCAACAGACACGCGAAACCAGGACGAGGGUGGACAAAGGCAGAUCAUCCAGGAUGAGGAGCCACAGCUCGGUGGGGAGAACUGGGAACGGACCCCGCAUCCAUCUGCGCACGGCCGGUAUGAGGGCGCCAAUGGCAUGCAUGAGGGUAUGGGCAAAGCGGGGUCUCGCCGUCGCCGGAUGGCGGUAGUCCG